GAAAUCAAGGUUUCCUUGGUUGUUGUCGUUCUCUUGCUUCCCAGUGUUAAUCCAUGUUCGAAUCUGUCUGGCUUGAUUGCGGAAAUUACUGAUAUGUUACUCGGACACGACUCUUACGGUUUCUCUGUUAUGUUUCUGGAUUUCGUUCGUAUACCUUCCCUAUUGAAGAUGCCUCGCUAUGAUGAUCGAGACAGUACUACACGUCUCUAUGUUGGGCGCUUGUCAUCUCGAACACGAGAACGUGACCUGGAGCGACUUUUCAGCAGAUAUGGAAGAGUUCGUGAUGUGGAUGUAAAGCGUGACUAUGCCUUUGUCGAUUUUAGUGAUCCUCGAGAUGCUGAUGAUGCAAGGUAUCGGUUAGAUGGAAGGGAUUUCGAUGGAAGCCGUAUCAUCGUUGAAUUUGCCAAAGGGACGCCUCGGGGUUCCCGAGAGUAUUCGAGCAGGGGCCCUCCUCCAGGAACUGGCCGAUGCUUCAACUGUGGGGUCGAUGGCCACUGGGCUCGAGACUGUACGGCUGGUGACUGGAAAAACAAGUGUUACCGCUGUGGAGAUAAAGGUCACAUUGAGAGGGACUGCAAGAAUAGCCCCAAGAAGCUGAGGGGCCAAAGUUACUCGAGAUCGCCGGUCAGGUCACGCUCUCCUCGUCGUAGAAGAAGCCGCAGCAGAAGCCGAAGUUACAGCCGUGGCCGCAGCUACAGUCGCUCGAGAUCCCCGGUUAGGAGAGAGCGGAGUCUCGAACCCGCUGAGAGAACCAGAAGCCCCGAGCCAGUGUCUGACAACUCACCGCCUCCCAAGGACAGGAAGCGUAGCAUGAGUCUCGAGAAUGGCAGCCACCAAGAGAACGGGAAGAGACCUUCAAGCCCACGGAGAGCCAGACCGGAGCCGCAGCCGCAGCCGCAGCCGUGAUCCGAGAGAGGACCCCAGCCCAGUGGAGGACGAUUACCAGUAAAGGGAAUCUUGGGACAUCAUUGGACAAACUGCGGUUUCAUGAGCUGGAAUGGUUUCUUCUACAAUUGUAAUUUUGCUUUUUUGCUUCCUGCGAGUGUCUUGGAUUCGUAUGUGGUCUCUUCCGACAUUUUUACGUGAAUUAUCGUCUGAUUUCAACUUUGGAUAAAAUCCUUAUACGUUC